AUGCCCGAUAUACACUGCUUGGGGAUCUCCCAGCUGGUAAGAAUACCUAAGAAUCCUCCCAAAAUAUUCGAGAUUCCAAGGUCAAAAGGGGUAUGUGCUAAUAUUCAAUACUAUGUUAGUGCAUCCCUCGCCGAGCUUGCCUCUAACUCCACCAACAACGUUUCCGAGUCUCAAUUUUUGGCGUGGAACUCUAACAUUCAAGGCAGCUGCGGCAGAGUGGCCAACGGUCAGCGCGUUUGUAUGGAAGCCCCUGGCGGCACCUGGACUGCGCCAUCAGUUACCAUUACAGCCCCCACGGGCACUGCCCUCUACUAUACGACCGCAACACCAGCCUACCCAACACAGAGCGGUACCACCGAGAGCUGUGGCAAGUAUUACCAGGUAGUUUCAGGUGACGACUGUGCUACAGUGAAUCUCAGAUUUGGACUUAAUAUCACACAGCUGCAGUCCCUGAACACAUACCUUGAUGACAACUGUUCCAAUCUCUGGCUCGACUAUGAUGUCUGCGUGGCACCGGUCUCUGCGCCGACUGUCUCGUCUGAUGGGUCUUGCGGUGCGGGUGUCACUUGUGCUGAAAGUGGAUUUGGGAAGGAAUAUGUACUAACGCACAUUUCUUGUGUGAGCUGUUGUUCAUCUUCAGGACAAUGCACGGAUGACUGUGGCUCGGCCGGAAAUAGCACUGUUAGCACUAAUGGUCUCUGUGGGCCCGAUAAUAGCUAUAUGACUUGCCCCGGCUCUGAGUUUGGUGACUGCUGUAGUAUUUUCGGAUAUUGCGGCAAUGGAACUCAAUUCUGCGGCGCAGGAAACUGCUACGCUGGAAAAUGUGACACUGACAACGGGGGCCCGUCAACCAGCGGCGAAUGCGGACCUAUGUUUGCUGGCAACAAAACGUGUACUGGGACACAGUUUGGUGAUUGUUGUUCGGUCAACGGAUACUGUGGUAGCACCAACGAUUACUGCAGUCCUCCUAACUGUUACUCUGGGGCUUGUUUAACGACGGGAUAUACCUCUACGAAUGGAGAAUGUGGUCCCAAUUUUGCGAACAACAUGACAUGUGUUGGAUCAUUGUUUGGUGAUUGUUGCUCUGCGGCUGGAUAUUGUGGCAACUCGAGUGAUUAUUGCUCGGGUACAAAUUGUUACAGUGGCUCUUGUGUCUCUUAG